AUGGCGUCGCGGUAUUGGAGACCGUUCAAAGAACAGGAGCCGCAACAUCCAACUGUGGAAACUCCACGGCGGACGAAGAGUGUUAUUGCAAGCCGGGAUAGCGCGGCUGCAGGCACAAAUAAGACGAAAAAGGUUAGUAAGCGCCCUAGGGAAGGAGUAAGCCCGGAUGUGAUUAAUCCUGAGUCGCUAGUUGAAGCAAAAGAGGCGUCCUCAAGUAGUCCUAGUAAGACGUAUGCCGAGACCGUCUUGAAAGACGGAGCGGACAAUGAGGACGGCUUUAAGGUUGUUAGAAAGAGAAGGGAACGGGCUCCAAGAAAAAAGCCCCCAGGCGAGAAAAAAGAGCUCUCAAAACACCAUUUGAAGCUUACAACCACGGAAGCGGUAAAAAUUACGGCAAGAGACCCAAAAUCUUAUGAGGGUAUCUUGCCGCUGAUAAAAUCAAAGGUUAAACCUGAAGAUACAGGUACCGUGAUCCAGAAAAUCAGGAGAACUUUUAAACAGGAGGUUCUCCUGAUAGUGAAGAAGGGUGGAGAGACCUUAAAAUUUGCGGACAGUCUGUUUUCGGCCCUGUAUGGCAUGGCUGAGGUCAUACCUCUAGUAAAUAAGAGGUCUCUAGAAAUCAAAGACCUGGAUGAAGCCACUACAAAGAGUGAGAUGACUUCAGCAUUGAAAGAAAAGCUGGGCAAAUCCGACCUGACUAUGGAGUGCAAAUUAUUGCCGCGCCACAGAGGAACUAAGCAAUGUUCAGACAGACCGAAGUAUUAUAAAGACUACAUUCAACGUGGAUCUCAAACAGCAAUUCCUAAAUCAACGUGGUAUCGUUACCAACAGAAAUUUAAGGAAAAGCAAGUAUCGAAAAUUUGGAAGAAACUAAUAAAAAAAAGGAUAAAUUUUCCAAAUAGAAGGAACUUUAGUUUGUCGUUACAACAAGAGUCACAGAAAACUAAAAAACCACAGAAAGAGAAACGUAAAAGGAAGUUUUCUGAUAAUGAUGAAAAUCUAGACAAAAAUAAAAAAAAAAUGUUAAAGGAUAGAAGUAGAAUUGUCUCUUGCAGCAGCAGCAGCAGCAGCAACUUUUCGGAGAAUGAUAACGAGGAUUCAUCUGAAAAGUCAAAUUCUUCAUCAAAUGAAAGUGGCUCACUUGUCAGCAUACAGGAAGGGGGCAGAAGAAAAAUAAAAAAAAUAUCUCAUCGUAGUUCGAUGAUUCAGAAAAAUUCUAAAAAAACCAAAAGUAGACAAACAUUUAAACCUUCGUCUUCACAAGUUCAUGAAGAAGGGGAGACUUCUGGUGCCAGGGGUAAUAGUUUGGAAACAAAUAAUAGACGUGAAGAUACAGAAUCAUCAAACAACUCAACAAGAAGGAGUGAAUUGCAAAUACCCAGGCGGAAAUUUCCAACCGAAAUAUUUGUCAGUAACAUGAAACCGAUCGGUUCUGUAGAUUUAUCUAUUAAUGUAUAUGUUGGUAGCCAUAAUGAUGAGGAAUACACCAUAUAUGAAGAUACAUGGGAGCUAAUGCUAUCAAAAAACGAUUCUCAAUUUACUCGCGAUAUGGCAGAACACCUUUGGGGGAAAGAAGUCCUUUUCUCUAGAUGUAUGCAGAAAUGCUAUAAAAACCCCGAGGUGCCAUUCUUAACUCCACAAAAAUACAAACUUGUAAAGGAUGCUCUUUUUUACAAAAUAACUAAAAACCAGGGAAAUAAAUUGAAUGUUGCAGCACGGGCUGUAAGAGUAAAAAAAAUAUGGAAAUACAUGUCCGCUAAGAUAAGCGACUGCAAAAGAGGUGAUCGAAACAACAGAUCAGAAACACAAUAAUUAUUUUCAA